AUGGAGGACCAAGCCCGCCUGAUGUCGGGUCGUGCUGGACUAACAGGCCCGUCUCAGGAGGAUGUAGCCCUGAGUAUCCGAGGCAUCCAAGAAGAAGUCCCUCCAGACCCUCAGAUCAUGCGACUGGACAACAUGCUGUUAGCAGAGGGUGUUGCAGGUCCAGAGAGGGGUGGGGCCUCUGCAGCGGCAGCAGCUGUUGCAGCAGCAGCUGGAGGAUCGCCUGAAGAUGAGAACUUAGAGCAUGCAGACUACAGAGAGAAGCUCGGCCAGAUUUGGCAGAUCUACCACGCUGAGCUGGAGAAAUAUGAGCAGGCGUGCAAUGAAUUCACAGGCCAUGUGAUGAACCUGCUGAGGGAACAGUCCCGCACUCGACCCAUCUCACCCAAAGAGAUUGAGCGAAUGGUGGAAAUCAUCCGCCGCAAAUUCAGUGCAAUCCAGAUGCAGUUAAAGCAGAGCACACGUUAAGCUGUUAUGAUCCUACGCUCCAGGUUCCUGGAUGCCAGACGGAAACAGAGAAACUUCAGCAAGCAGGCAACACUGAUUUUGAAUGAAUAUUUUUAUUCCCACCUGGCAAAUCCCUACCCCAGUGAGGAGGCCAAGGAGGAGCUGGCCAAGAAGUGCUCCAUCACUGUUUCUCAGGUGGCCAACUGGUUUGGGAACAAACCACACUCUAUAUCACACUCUACAGACGACAUCAGUCAGUUGAUGACGGCUGACAGGACAGUGGUGAUCCCUCCUCCCAUCUCCCCUCGCCCUGAGCACCAGGCAGCGAGCACUCUCACCUCCGACCGAUGCUGUACUUUCCCCUCCCGACUCAAUGUCCUGCUCUCUUGGGCUAAGACAAACAGUGCCAUAAACAGAAAGUAA